AUGCAACAACCUAGCGAUGUUUCUGCAGGGCUCCAUUUUCUUGUCCCUCCAAACCCGAUAUCUCCUUUCCAAGACCAUUACUACAACAUGAACAAUCUCCAAAACAACAUCAAUACUAGUCCAAACUUUCAGUUCAACAACAGAUUGAUCUCCAGUACCCCAUUGUACAACUUCCAAUUCCCAAUAUCUCAACAAGUCCAAGACAUGAACAGUAAUAAUAAUAAUAAUCAUCAUCAACAGCCUUCAUGCUUCAGCAGUAACUCAACCUCGGAUGAAGCUGAUGAGCACCAACUGAGUCUCAUCAAUGAGAGGAAGCAGAGGCGGAUGAUAUCGAACCGAGAGUCUGCGCGGAGAUCGCGCAUGCGCAAGCAGAAGCACCUCGACGAGCUGUGGUCUCAGGUGGUGUGGCUGCGCAAUGAGAACCACCAGCUCAUAGACAAGCUGAACCAUGUCUCCGAGAGCCAUGAAAAGGUUGUCCAAGAGAAUGCUCAGCUCAAAGAGGAAGCCUCCGAGCUCCGGCAAAUGCUCUCCGAUAUCCAGCUCAACAGCCCUUUCCCUAGCUUGAGAGACUUGGAGGAUCACGUGCCUUGCAACACAGCCUAUCUCAGAGCUGAGUCCUCAACCCAGUCCAUCACAACUUCCAUGGAUUUGCUUGGUUAA